AUGGAGAAUAAUAGUAAUACAACAGAUACCACCGCUGCUAAUGCAUUAGCAAUUGUCGAUGCUGAUUUUGCAGUUGUUGCCAAAUGGAUUAUUCCAGUUAUUCCAGAGAACACAGUUUACGAAAAUCAUUGUUUAGUAGUCAAGGAUGAAAAGAUUUUAGAUAUUGUUAGAUUCUCAGAUUUAGAAAUGAGAUAUAAUGUAAAGAAUGUUAUAAAUUUAAAAGAAAUGAAUUCAGACAACAGUUCAUCUGUAAAUUCAACAAGCGAAUAUAUUUUAGCACCAGGUUUCUUCAAUAUGCACAGUCACAGCGCAAUGUCAUUAUUAAGAGGUUAUGCUGACGACGUUUCAUUGCACGAUUGGUUAACAAAGUUCAUCUGGCCUGCUGAAGCACAAUAUGUCAGUGAAGAGUUUGUUAAAGUUGGUACAGAGUUAGCUUGUUUAGAAAUGAUCAAAACUGGUACAACUUAUUGUAAUGAUAUGUAUUUUUACCCAGAAGUUGCCGCUAAAGUAUACGAAUCAUUUGGAAUGAGAGCUACAGUGGCCGCACCAAUUAUUAAAUUCCCAACUGUCUAUGCUAAAACUGAAGCUGAAUAUAUCGAAAAGGGUAUUACUUUAAUCGAAAAUUAUAGAAAUAAUAGUAAAAUCAAAAUUUCACUUGGUCCACAUGCUGUUUAUACAAUUACUGAUGAAGCAUAUAUCAAAGUUAAAGAAUUAUCAGAAAAAUAUAAUAUUAAAAUUCAUACACAUUUACAUGAAACAUGCCACGAGGUAUCAGAAGAAAUUAAAGCAGUUGGUAAGAGACCAAUCGAUAGAUUAAGAGAUCUUUCAGUUUUAUCACCAUCAUUAAUUGCAGCACAUAUGACACAAUUAACAAAGGAAGAUAUUGAUUUAACUGCUAAAAGUGGUAUUCAUGUAGUUCAUUGUCCAGAGUCCAAUUUGAAAUUGGGUGUUAAAGGCGUUUCACCAGUUCACAAACUUUUAAAACUCGGUAUUAACGUAUCAAUCGGUACAGAUUCAGCAGCAUCAAACGACGAUUUAGAUAUGUUAGGCGAAAUGAGAACUGCAGCAUAUAUCGAUAAAUUAUCAAGCAAUACCCACACACCAGAAGGUGGCGAAUCAGUAACACCAUCUUAUAAAAUGCUUGCUAUGUCUACUAUUAAUGGUGCUAAGGCUUUAGGUGUCGAUGAUAAAUUAGGUUCACUCCAAAUUGGUAAACUUGCAGAUUUUAUUGCCGUCAAAGUUUCAAGUCACCCAGUUUAUGACCCAAUCUCACAUUUAGUUUAUGUUGGCACUAACCAUGUCACCGAUGUUUGGGUAUCAGGUAAACAAUUAUUAAGAAACUCUAGACUUACUACCGUAAACGAAAAUCAACUCAAAUCAAAAGUUAUCGAAUAUCAACACAAAAUUAAUUCAACUCGUCCUAAAACAAAUCUUAAAAUUAUUAAUUAAAAAUUUAAAUAAUUUAAAAACAAUAAUAACAAUAAUAGUACAAAUAAUAACAAUAUAUUAUUAAUAAUAAUAAUAAUAAUAAUAAUAAUAAUAAUAAUAAUAUUUAAUUUAUAAAAUAAGCAAUUAUUACUAAUUAGCAUUUAAUAAUAAAAUUAUUUAUAUUUUAUAUAUAAAUUAUAUAGAUUUAAAAAUUAU